AUGCGUCGAUACUCGAAAUAUCUCUCCGGCUCAGUGCUACUCGCCUCCAUGGGAGGAGUGCAGGCCAAGCUUGACCUGAACUCUUCUAGCAAUAUCGCGGUCUACUGGGGCCAGAACUCGUUAGAAGCCGCUGGAGGGAAGGGUCAGCCUCAACAAGCUCUUUCCUACUACUGCGACAACAAAGAUAUUGAUGUCAUUCCCAUGGCAUUUGAUAUGAUGAUCAACGGCCCCGGCGGCGCCCCCCAGGUCGACUUUGCUUCUGCUAGCGCAGACUGUGAUGUGUUUCCAGGAACACAAUUGAAGAAUUGCCCGGGGAUUGGCAAGGACAUCAAGACGUGCCAGGACAAGGGAAAGACAAUCAUUCUCUCGAUUGGAGGUGCAACCUACAGCGAGGGCGGCUUCAAGUCAGAUGCCGAUGCCAAGGAUGGAGCCCAGCUCAUCUGGGAAACCUUUGGUCCGAAGAAGGAUGGUUCGAAGGCUCUUCGUCCUUUCGGCGACGUCAGCCUUGAUGGCUUCGACUUCGACUUCGAGGCCAAUGUCGAGCAUAUGGCGCCCUUUGCCAACGCCCUUCGCGACUUGAUGAACAAGGAGACCGACAAGAAAUACUUCUUGACUGCCGCACCCCAGUGCCCGUACCCUGACCAGUCGGAUAAGGAGAUUCUGAACGGCCCUGUUGAUAUUGAUGCCGUUUGGGUUCAGUUCUACAACAACUUCUGCGGUAUCAACAAUUUCGACACGAAUGAGAAGAACUCCAAGUUCAACUUCGAAGAGUGGGACAACUGGGCCAAGACCGUUUCCAAGAACAAGGAUGUUAAGGUCCUAGUUGGUAUUCCUGCCGACACUACCGCCGCCAGCACCGGAUAUGUGCCCAUCGACAAGGUCGCCGAGGCCGUCGAAUACUCCAAGAAGUUCUCGAGCUUUGGUGGCGUGAUGAUGUGGGAUGCGUCGCAGGCAUACGCAAAUGAAGGAUUCAUUGAGGGCGUGCGCAAGGCGCUGGGUGAAGGAGAUUCCGGUUCGUCGUCGUCGUCCAGCUCGGCGUCGACCACGGCGUCUGCACCUACGUCCACUAACACACCGGAGACUACGCUCUCUUCCAAUGGACAAGGGUCCUCGUCCUCGUCUUCCUCCUCAUCUGGGUCUGGGCCCUCGUCCAGUGGGCCUGAUGAACAGCCUACAGCUACUCCUACCACCCUCGAGACCAAGCCCACCGCCACGCCGACUACCACGUCCCAGGCCACGGCCGCACCCGAGCCCACCAAGACUCAGACACCCCAACCUGCGCCCACCGAGCCCGAGCCGACCACGACUGAGGCUGCCCCCGCCCCCGCCCCUGCACCCACCGAGACGCCUACCACUACGCCUGCUCCCGCACCUACUACGCCACCCGCGCAGGAUGACGACGACGAAGACAAUGACACCGACAGCGGCUCGACUUCCGCCACUGGUGACGGCGACUCCUCUACUGAUACUCUCAACAACCUGCUUAGUGGUGAUCUCUUCAGUCUUCUGGACGGUCUUCGUAGUGCCAAUGGCGCUGUGAAGGGUAUUUCCCAUGGUUUGACCAAGAACCUCCGCCGUGCCAACCGCAUUGGAUAUUGA